GGUCUUUCCGACCGCGCCGUGGCCGAGUGUUGUUCAGAAAAGUCCGUAGCAUGUAGAGAAAGCGAUUGACUGGUAAUAGUUGUUAUUCAUGCAAUAGUAUAUUAGUAUCUCUUGGUAUCCAUUUCAGGAGAAAAGCCUAUUAUCCUCAGACGCCUUCCAGAAUCUUAUCUUACUUGUUAAUAAUUACCAUCAAGAUGUUCAAGAUUGCUAUUAUCGGAGGCGGUAUUGGCGGACUAUUCGCAGCCUUGUCCAUUCACCAGCACUUGCCGUCGGAGGACACCCAGGUUGACGUCUAUGAACAAGCACCUGAGUACAAGGAGAUCGGCGCGGGCGUCGGUAUCGGCCCUAAUGCUGCCGCUCUGGCUGUGAAGCUAGGUUUGCGAGAGAAGCUAGCCAAGAUCACAGGUACACGGGCAGGCAUUUGGCUUUCCUUCCGACGUUUCAAUGAUGGAUCAGACGUUCAUACGGUGAAAAUCCCAGGUGAUGCCAACACACCACACUUUUCGUUACAUCGUGCAGAGUUCCUACAAGUCUUAAUCGACACUGUUCAGGAACGGGCUGCAGCUACCCUGCAUACGAAUAAACAAUGCAAAUCGUUGGAAGACCAGGGUGACGCCGUACUGCUCACCUUCGCCGAUGGCACGACGGCGUCUGCAAACCUAGUCAUUGGUGCGGAUGGUAUCCACUCGGUCAUUCGCAAGCAUUACGUUCGUGACACGCCACAGUACGGGAAUAUGGUCGUUUACCGUGGCCUCUGUAACACCGAAGAGAUUGCGGAUGAAUGGCCCCUCGACACUUACGCCACCGUUUUCAUGGCUCCCGGGAAGCAUUUCCUUACAUUCCCUAUUAGCAGCGAUAAAGUAGUGAAUGUUGUUGCCUUUGUCAUGACACCAUGGGAGGACCUGGGUGAAGUGAGGGAAAGCUGGACCCUUACAAGCGACAGGUGCGCGGUUGCAAACCACUUCAAAGAUUUCGCCCCUGCGGUUCAGCAUGUCAUCCAGAAGAUGAACACAAACCCUCUGAAGUGGGUUCUCUUUGAUAGACAGCCUUCUCCGGAAUGGGUUUUCUCCGAAGGCAAGGUGGUUCUGCUAGGAGACUCUGCACACGCUAUGUGCCCUCACCAAGGAGCUGGAGCUGGGCAGGCGCUUGAGGAUGGUUAUGUUCUUGGACGGGCUCUUCACGACUAUUUCAAGAACCUGGAAUCAACCAAGCCACGUCCCAUCGCAGAUUACCUACAUCUGUAUCAAUCUAUCAGGUACCCGCGAGCGGAAAAGGUGCAAGAGACGUCUCGACAGGCCGGAGACUUGUACGAGUUAAGAUCCCAAGAAGUUGCGGGACUCAGCUACGAAGAUAGCCUGCCGGUUGUUCGGGACCUGCUGAAAGAUCGCAUGAAAUGGAUUUGGACUGAGGAUAUAGACCAAGUGUAUGAAAAGGCGCUUAACGCGCUGUAGCAAAGGAGUGUGCUCCUACCAGGGGAUAUUUAUGCAUUUGCCUUCUUGGAAAACUGUCUCUAGUAUACUGUAGACAGUCCUUCCACAAUUGUACCAACGAUACAACCUCAAUAAUACGAAUAACCUCAUCGUUUACCAGG